AUGUUUGCAGCAACUUUAAGAUACGACCAGCCAAUCACAGAGUACGUCUCUCGUAAUAUAAUACGUCAAAUUAUAAGUAGGUUAAUAUCAUGUUUAGCAAUAGGAAGUGGUGUAAUUGUGCACGGACUAAUUCUCAGCAUUACACCAAGAUUAUUUGCAAUAAAUAUACGCGCAACGUUGUUUGGAUGCUGUAAUGCCAUCGGGCAAUUAGGCACCAUCUUAUGCUACCUGUUAAUAAUGACUCAUGAUGCUGAUGAUGUUACUCGUAAGAUAAUCGAAGGAAGCUUGGCAAUUAUAUUGACCGUUAUUUGCUUUGUCAUUCCUGAUGUGGAUGGGAGAGAACUGCCGGAUAUUAUCGACGACAUGGAUUAUUUUUCAGAG